AUGGCCUCCAGCCGCGACGUGGGCUCGCGCUCCCUGGAGGCUCUGGUUGACGAGGGCCUGGUGCGCGGCCUGGGCGUCAGCAACUGCAGCACGGCCCAGGUGGAGGGCCUGCUCAGGGUGGCAAAGCACAAGCCCCUCGUCAACGAGGUGGAGCUGCACCCGCUGCUGGCGCAGCGCAAGAUGGUGGGGGUGCUGUUCCGCCAGGGGGUGGCGUGCGUGGCGUACGCGCCCCUGGGGGGCCACUACCAGGACCAGGCUGAGGCCCUGGGGCACCCGGUGGUGCUGGACAUCGCAAAGCGCAACGACAGGACGCCAGCACAGGUGCUGCUGCGCUACAACAUGCAGCGCGGCGUCCCCGUCAUCCCCAAGGCCUCCAGCCCGCCCCACCUGGCGGAGAACAUCGCGCACGCCUUUGACUGGCGGUUGACCAACGCCGACAAGGCGGCGCUCGACGCCCUGGACUGCGGCCGCCGCUUUAUCGCCGCGCUGCCCGGCCACGAGUGGGGGGACGCUGAGGAGGGCGGAGUGGCCAAGCCCAGCCUCGUGCUCAAGCAGCAGUGA